AUGCACGAACGUAUCCGGCAGAAUACAAACUGCUGUGUGCUGGUGAAUGGCUUGAUCGAACUUGUAUUCUUUGCCAGUGGGAAAUAUCACUCAGCCAUGGAUAAGUCGAUUGCAGAAUUGGAAGCGAUCCGAGUGGAAAACGCUGGGGAACUUCUGUGGCGUAUGAGACAUAUUUUCAAUAUUUCACUACGUGACACUCGCAUGCCCAUGGGACAAGGAAAGUUAUCGGAAAGCAAGGCAAGUUUGGCUAAUCUUCAACCCGUACCUUUUUCCUGGAUUCGCCUCAGCCGCAAUUUCACUAAAUUCGGGAGUUCCUUCUCCAAAUAG